AAUCUCAGGAUAACGGGAACGAUGGUAGCACCGGACAGUGCUCGCGCUGCCUGGGUGAAGGCUCUGCUGCUGCUCUGUUUAUGGGAUUUGUGUUACGGUCAGAUUUCGUACUCUGUUUCAGAGGAGGCCAAGAAGGGAACCGUUGUUGGAAAUCUAGCGAAGGAUCUUAAUCUUAAUGUACAGGAACUGGAAUCGCGCAUGUUUCAGCUUGUGACUGGAUCUAACACCAAAUAUUUCGAGGUAAAUCGGAAAAGCGGGCUUUUAUUAGUUAAUGACAGAAUAGACCGAGAGGAGCUGUGUGAAAGCAAACAGAAAUGCGUAUUAAAUGUUGAAGCGAAUAUUCACAAUCCUCACAAGCUCUACCGUGUCGAAAUUAAUAUACUAGACAUUAAUGAUAAUUUUCCGGUGUUUCCAGAUCCAACACUUGUUUUGAAAAUUAGUGAGAAUGUCCUUCCAGGAGAUCGGUUUCCCUUAACCACAGCGAGCGACAUGGAUAUCGGUAGUAAUUCAGUAAAAACCUAUAAAAUAAACUCAAAUGAACAUCUUUCUUUAGACUCGCAGAGUGAUUCAGUUGAGCUCGUGCUUCAAAAAUCUUUAGACAGAGAAAGAGAAUCGAUAAUCAAUCUCGUGCUGACUGCUGUAGACGGCGGGACUCCUCCCAGAUCCGGAACAAUGCAGAUAGUUAUAAAUAUACAGGACAUAAAUGACAACAACCCAGUGUUCAGCAAGCCUCUUUAUAGAGCCAGUAUCAAUGAAAAUGCUUCUCCCGGAGCUAAAGUACUUACAGUUUCAGCAUCGGAUGCAGACGAGGGAAAUAACGGUGAAGUGUCUUACUCUAUUCUAAGUGAUGCCCGAAACUCGGCGAUAAACUUAUUUUCCAUUAACCCUGUUUCUGGUGAUAUCACUGUCAAAGGUAAUAUUGAUUAUGAGCAGAGCCCCGCAAUAGAACUCAGAAUUCAAGCUCAGGACAAAGGCCUCCCUUUAAGAAUGUCCAGAUGUAAAGUGUUAAUUGAAGUAGUGGAUGUAAAUGACAAUGCACCAGAGAUAUCAGUGACUCUGCUCAUGAGCUCCGUAAGCGAGGACAUCAAACCUGGCACAGAUGUUGCAUUAAUCACUGUAUCAGAUGAAGACAGUGGAAAGAAAGGCAAAGUUGAUUGUAAAAUCUUAGCACCGAGUCCUUUUAAAUUACAGGUAUCAUAUAAAAACUCUUAUACUCUUGUUGUGAAUGAAGCCUUGGACAGAGAGCAGGUCUCACAAUAUAAUAUUACAGUUCUAGCUAAUGAUGAAGGAACUCCUUCCCUCUCGAACAGUCACGUUAUAACAGUUCAUGUCUCUGAUGUGAAUGAUAACGCGCCUUUAUUUCCUGCAGCGGUGAUAAACAUUAGCGUGAAAGAGAAUAGUCCAGUUGGUGGCCUGAUGGCAUCACUAACGGCACGUGACUUAGACAUCGGUGAGAAUGCACUUGUUUCAUAUUCAUUAAUUGAUACAGAGAGCAGCAGAGUGUCAAAUCUGAUGAACAUUAACUCACACACCGGUGAACUGUACAGUCUGAAGACUUUCGAUUAUGAAGAAACAAAACGAUUUCAGUUCAAAGUUCAGGCAUCUGACUCUGGUGUCCCUCCUCUAAGUAGUAACGUGACUGUAAACAUGUUUAUCCUGGAUGAGAAUGACAACAGUCCAGUUUUUCUUCCUCCAUAUUCUGAACCUGGAUCAGUAAACACUGAGAACAUUCCCUACUCUGCUGAAGCGGGCUAUUUUGUGGCUAAAGUCAGAGCUGUAGAUGCUGAUUCAGGUUAUAAUGCAUUAAUAUCUUAUCAUCUAACUGAAGCAAAGGGAACGAAUCUCUUCCGGAUUGGAACCAGUACAGGAGAAAUAAGGACUAAAAGACAAAUGAGUGACAAUGACUUAAAAACUCACCCUCUUAUCAUCACUGUCUCGGAUAAUGGAGAACCUUCACUGUCCACAACUAUGAGUUUUGAAGUUGUUGUUGUGGAAAAUCUGGACAACCUACAGCCUUCACUAAGACAAGUGCCAGUAAAGGAGGAUAAUUUUUCUAAUCUAAAUCUCUAUCUGCUCAUCGCUAUUGUCUCAGUGUCAGGGAUCUUUUUACUGAGCCUCAUUGCUUUAAUAGCAGCUAAAUGCUACGGGACAGACAGCAGUUUCAGCAGGUCCAGUGUUCCAGUGGUCACUACACUCCCUGACGGAAGCUGGUCUUACUCUAAAUCUGCUCAGCAGUAUGAUGUGUGUUUUAGCUCAGACACACUAAAGAGUGACGUAGUGGUUUUUCCCACUCCAUUUCCUCCUGCAGACGCAGAGCUGAUCAGCAUUAAUGAAGGUGACACUUUUACUCGAACUCAGACUCUUCCCACCACUGGGAAGGUAAGACCAUACUUAAAUUAA